AUGUCUGACGAUUUCGACGACGAGCUCCUCGCCCUCGCUGGCGGUGACGAGGAGGUCGACAUCGAGGAAGGCGAAGCUCAACUGCAAACCCUCGCGCCCCUCUCCUUUCUCUUUGGACCCGCCAACAUGUCGUUAACGCCACCCAGUUCAUCAGUCGCCGCCUCAUCACCCAACUCACUCGGCUCUGGCGACAUGGACGAGUCGGACUCGGACCGCGAGGACGAACCCCCAGCGCGCGAUGCCGGCGUGCUGUACCCCCUCGAAGGUCAAUUCAUCGACCAAAGAGAUAAGCAGAGAAUCAUGAAUAUGUCACAACUCGAGCGCGAGGAGAUACUGGGUCAGCGAGCGGAAGAGAUCAGCAGGACCAACUUCCAAGCUGAGCUGCAGAAGCGCGCGGCCAUGAACAACCGAAAGAGGAAGGCUGACUCUGAAGAGCCGGAGGACUCCCGCAAGAGCAGCAGGCAGGUGAAGCCGAAGAGGAAUGCCGCACUCGACGCAUAUACGGCCGCCCGCGAGCAGAAAGGCCAGCAGCGCCAGCGCGACUCUGAUCGCCGCAAUGACCGCCGGCGGUCAGAUUCUCCUGGCAGAGAUGGCGGCUCAGAUGUUGACGCUGAGGGCGAGGAAGAUGUCGACUGGGACACUGAGCACAAGCCUGCCGUCCGCGAAGACUUGCCUGUCACCUUGCGGGACGUCGAGUCUAUCCGCAUCGGACGAGGCUUCUUCUCGAAGGUCUGCUUCUGGCCCGGUUUUGAGGAGGCUAUGCACGGCGCUUUUGGCCGCGUGGGUUUCGGACAAGCCCAGGGCAGGACCAUUUACAAGAUGGCGCAGAUCAAGGGAUUUCAAGCAGGUAAACCAUACGUCUUCGAAGGCAAGGACGGUCAGCGCAUCGCAACAGACCAAUAUGUGGUCUGUAAGCACGGCUCCACCCAGAAGGAAUAUCAGUUUCAAUACCUUUCCAAUCAACGCUUCACCGACGCCGACUUUGACGCAUACCGGCAAGCACUCUCGGAAGCUAGUGCCAAACUGCCCACGCAGUCCCACGUAACGAGGAAGAUCGAAGAGAUCAAGGCCUUCGAGAACCGCUUCUGGACCGACGAUGACAUCAAUGCGCGCAUCCAGAAAUCCAACAAAUACGCACACCUCUUGCAUCGCGACCGGGGAGAGGAAGCUGCGCCCCGUAUCCCCACACAAUCUGAAGCAGCCGCAAACCGCCUCGCCGAACUCAACCGCAAGAAUCGCGAAGCCGAGCGUGAACGCAUUCGCAUACUGCAGCUCGAGGAGCGCAAGGAGAAGAUGAAGGCCCGAAAACGCGCUGAGGAUGAGGUCAGGCGGAAGAAGGCUGAGGAGGAGAAGCGGAUGGCCGAAGAAGCGAAGAAAGACUUACUGUCGGUCGAUGACCUCUUCGAUGGCGGCAGCUCAAGGGCCAGCAGUGUGCCGAAAGAGGGGACACCGAAGCCAGAGGGUGAGGUGAAGAAGAAGGAGAAGACGGAGCGGAAGGGAUUGCCGACGUUCAGGAAGCCGAAGAUGGACGACGAUAUCAUCGCAUCCAUGGACAUCGGGCUUGACAUCGAGAUCUGA